GAGAACUGUUGGCGCUUGCGCACUCUCCGACUAAGAUGGCGGCGGCGGCCCGGAGGGGCUGGGGAGCUGCGGCUGCUGCCGUGGGGCUGCGCAGGCGAUUCUGUCAUAUGAUGAAUCCGUACACCAUUAAGAAACAGCCUUUACAUCAAUUUGUACGAAGACCACUUUUCCCACUACCUGCAGCCUUAUGUAACACAGUGAGAUGUAUGUUUAUUCAAACACAGGAUACCCCAAAUCCAAACAGUUUAAAGUUUAUACCAGGAAAACCAGUUCUUGAGACAAGAACUAUGGAUUUUCCCACUCCAGCUGCAGCAUUUCGCUCCCCUCUGGCUAGACAGUUAUUUAGGAUUGAAGGAGUAAAAAGUGUCUUCUUUGGACCAGAUUUCAUCACUGUCACAAAGGAAAAUGAAGAAUUAGACUGGAAUUUACUGAAACCAGAUAUUUAUGCAACGAUUAUGGACUUUUUUGCAUCUGGCUUACCCCUAGUUACUGAGGAAACAUCUUCAGGAGAAGCAGGAUCUGAAGAUGAUGAUGAAGUGGUGGCAAUGAUUAAGGAAUUGUUAGAUACUAGAAUACGGCCAACUGUUCAGGAAGAUGGAGGAGAUGUAAUCUAUAAAGGUUUUGAAGAUGGCAUCGUACAGCUGAAACUCCAAGGUUCUUGUACAAGUUGCCCCAGUUCAAUUAUUACUCUGAAAAAUGGAAUUCAGAACAUGCUGCAGUUUUAUAUUCCAGAAGUAGAAGGCGUAGAACAGGUUAUGGAUGAUGAAUCAGAUGAAAAAGAAGCAAACUCACCUUAAAAUAAUCUGAGUCUUCUUUGGGCACGCAGUCAGACUUGUUGAUAAUAUAUUCCAAACUUUUAUUAUUAAUAUGCUGAGGAACUUGAGGAUUAAUAAAGUAGCCCUUUCUUCAGAGAAUGAUACAUAAA